ACUCAAAUACUGUGGCAAGUUUACCGACGUGAGUUUUCCUUAUCCGACUCUUGUUUGGAGCUCGUCUCUCUUGCAUUGGAAUAGUACAAGGGAUAAGGAAAAUAAUCAGAAUCUAUGAACUCGGUCCCUUUGAUGAAAACAGUCCCAUUUUACCCUCUGACUUCAUGAUCCAAUUGGGUAUAGACAGUCUAUUCGCCAGAGAUGUCCACCGCUGCAACUCCAACCACCCCCUCUCAGUUAACAUCGGAUCAACUCACGGUCAUUGUGGCAGCAUUUUCAGGUCUGGUGUUCUUUGUGGUGAUCGUGGUGCUGCUGUCCAUAUACCGGAAAGAACCUCACUGCUGCAAGGACACCCAUGGAGACAUGGAUGCCCCUCCUCAGUACUACAGCAGCAGACAGACACUGGUGGGAAACCCCUGUCUGGAACAGACUCACGACAUCACACACUCACAGUCAGGGCAGCUGUUCCUUAUCGGCCUGCCCUCCAGCUACCGCCUGCCCUCCCUGGAGGCGCCCCUCCCCAGGCUGCCCUCCUACGAGAGUGUCAGGAAGAAGGACCGCCAGAGACAGAUACACAUUAUGAUCGCUGACCGUUUCGGCCUCAACGGCGCCAUGCUGACUGAGAGUCUCAGCACAGUUUCCAAGAUGAUGCAGUGUUUCCACUUUAUAGUCGAGCCGGUCAAGAACAUCACAGCCAAGCUUAAGGAAUCUCGCAAGAGGGCGAAGAAUGAGAAGAGAGAGCCACUGGAAGAGAAUCAGCUGUUUAUAGUGGAGCUGGCUAGAGAUCUCAAUCGAGUGUGCCAGAGGUCUGAGGUGCUGGAGAACAUCUGGAAACUAGAGGACAUCUGGCCCACUCCUCUUUGCAGGGCCUUCAUCCUGGAGUGGGCAUCUCUGCUGGAGAGCAAGCAGAAGAGGCCCAUGCAGUCGGAUGGCUGGCCAGAGGAAAGCGAGUGGAGGAAGCAGGACCUGUUCAGUGAGAAUGAAAUGGAGAACGCUAAGAGGACCAUCAUCAACUGGACCAAGGACCUGAGAGCCCAACCUGAGCAAAGUGUGUGGCCUGGGGAGGCUGUGGCUCAAGUUCUGGAGGACCUCCAGGCUGCAUGGAGGAGUCGCCACAUGCCCAACCUCCUGACAGCCAUGGAACUGCUCAUGUGGGUCUUACUGACACAGGGCCUGGACAAGGAAGCCAUCCCUCAACAGUGGCUCAUAUGGAAGCAGAGGACUCAGAAGAUUGGUGCUGCCCGCUACAUUCCUCACUCAGUAUGGGACUGGAUCUCUAAUGCAGCAGUGGAGAUUUCCCUUGACCUGGACACGGCCAACCCUGACCUGCUGAUCUCCAAUGACGAGAAGAAGAUGCGCUGCGGCUUCGAUAGAAAGGAUGUGCCAAACUACCACCAGCGCUUCGAUGGCUGGUGGUGCGCCACAGGGGUGGAGGGUUUCAACUCUGGCCGCCACUACUGGGAGGUGGAGGUGGGGGAGCGGGACUUUCGGCUGGGUGUGGCCAAGGAGUCAGCCCUGAGGAAGGGCUUCAAGUCCCUGAACACAGACACGGGCUACUUGACCCUGCGCCUGGAGAGGGGCACGGAGCUCAAGGCCCUGACUGUGCCCUUCACUGCCCUGCCGCCUGGUCUCAUCCCCCGCAAGGUGGCCGUCUACCUGGACUAUGACCAGGGCCAGCUGUCCUUCUACGACGUAGACAGCCGCUCCCACAUCUACACCUACAAUGAGAGCUUCAACGAGAAGCUGUUCCCUCUGUUCGGCACGACAGAGAUCAUUAAGGACCUGGUGAUCAAGUCCCCUGGGAGCAAGGCCUAUUGCCUCUGUCCCUCCUUGUGCCUGUGGGGCUGAACUUUCCCUCUUAACACAAUCCCUCCACCCUAUGAUUACCCUCUCACCACUCCUGUAGAGUAAUCAGAACCUUCGUUACUGUAAAGAACUAGACCAUCAUGACAUUGGAUAGCUAUGUGACCACUGAUGCUGCUGCUUCUAUGUGAUUCUUUCUGCCUCUUCCUUACUCCAGUUAUGCUAUGCACUCAUAUGCUCUGUAUUUUCAUACAUUUUAAAGAAUACCAUAGUAUUAUCUUAAUCUAUUGUGAAAUAUUAAUCCUGUAAUAACAAUGCACUUUCCGUGAUAAAUAAAUAUACGAAACACAAAGGUUCUA